UUUUCCGUAUCAUAAUUAAUGACAUACAAAAGCAAUAACAUGCAAUCCUUGUAUCUUUUAAUCCUGGUUUUAGUCUCCAUCUGGUUGACUACUGGUUAUGGUGCUGCAAUUGGUCAAGAACUUUGUAACUGCCAACCUACAUUGAUUAGAACACCAAAAAUAUCAAUUCCUAAACCCGGUCAGCGAGUCAUCUGUACUAAAAUACCUGACACCCAAGAAUAUACACCAGUAAAAAAUGCUUGCAAUUGUGUAAGCAUACGAGCGAUGCCGGCAUCGGUGGCUAGAGUGAAAUGCAACUUGAUGGCCACUACACCGGUCCGGAUGGAGAGCGGUCAUAGCGGUGGCGUGGACGCGGAGCCGCCACUAUUCGGUGAACCAGGCGGCGCGUUUUUCCCGGAAACCACGUAUGGAAGUGUCUCUCCACUCGCUGGAAGUCCGGUGUUCCAAGACCCACCCGGCCCGAAUGGUAUAGACGAACCGGCGGUGGAUCCGACAGGAAACGGGUGCUGUGGGAACAAUCCACUCGCGGCCGUCGCGGUGGAUCCGGUGUCGCUGAUGCUAGCGCAGGCCAAGGCCAACCGAUGCAAGGCCGACGUGCGCGAGGGCCGCCUGGCAUUCGGACAAGUCGCUGUGCCGAGAGACGCGCUGCCGUUGCCACAGGCCGUGCCGGACAUCAACGAGGAAGGCCUCUAUGCGCUGGACAAGGCCAUCGUCGAGUUGAAGACUUGUAAGUCACGGUUCGCAGACGACACGGCUGCGCUGGCGACGGAAGGUGACGCACUUCUGGCCCUAGAGGAUGACGCCUUGCGACCUGUGGACGACGCCGGACCGAUAGUGACGCUGCCCAGUUACGCGGACAUCGGCUACCAGACCGAAUCGCCAUCCUGCUCGCCACUGGUAGUCGGCCCGCUUCUCCAGCCCGUCGGCCGCAUAUCUUGUCCUGUGUACGAGAACACCGCGCCGGUGCCACUACUAACGGACGCCAAUAUAGGAUACUCGUCGUCGCGAUGCCGUUGCACUAGCGAUAAGUCGUCUUCGCAGCUGAAAUGCUCGUGUGGCAGGUGCUCGUGUGGGAAAUGCUCGUACUAACCUACUACAGCUGAACAAGCAUGGCAUUUUAAAACAGUACAAUAAUUAUUUUGUACACACUUUAUGAUAUAAUAUGAAAAAUACACCCAGGUACAAUAUAAUCAGACGCAUGAGCUCUGUAUUUAUCCAAUCAAAUUUAAUAGUGUUUAAUGCUCGAGCCUUGAAGAUUAACUCUGUUUAAGAUGAACGUGAACACAAGCCAAUUAAAAACAUAAUGCCCAACCGUAUAUUAGUAUCUAUGAAGUAACUUUAAAAUUAUGUGCACCAACGAUAUUGUUUGUUAUCAUACAAUAUGUUUGUGCGACAAUUUAUUGUUGUUUAUCCUGUAUAAAUAUUAAUUAUCAUUUAUCACUGAAGUCUAUGGCAAUAUAUUAUUAUUAACAUGUUUAUAGUUUAUUGAAUUCAAUAAAAAAAAUUAUAAAAGACAGUGCAUAAAUUAUAUGCUGAUAAUUAUUAAGACUUAAGAGUAAUUGUACUUAUCAUUACGUUCGUUUAGAUCGAGAUCCUAUAUGUUACAUUGUUACCUAUAUGUAUAUUAAUAUUAAAUGUAGUCUUUAAAUAAAAUCCUCGUGUUUUUCACCCACAUUCUUAUGUCUAUAUAAUAUUAUAUUGUAUUUAAAAUUUACAACAACCUGCUUGUCUACGUAAGAGGUACCGAUAUGGAAUCGUGCAAUCGCUUUGCGCAUGAUGUACUUAUAAUAACGAUCGCGAGUGAUGUUGUAGGUAUAAUAAUUGUAAGAAAAAAAUAUAAAUAUUGUUCGAUCUAUGUGGCGACGAGCUAAGUGCAAUGAAACGAUAUGUUGGGUUCAUAAUGAUAAUAAUACUAAACAUAAUAAUAAGGUGAUUUCGUAGCUAU